GAGAUUUCCCGGAGGCUCUGCAGGGCCAGACUGUUCUCCAGCCCGCCAGCCCUGCACGGACACGCUGCUCCCAGCCUGUGUCUGUCAACCUGCUGACUCGCAUCUUCUGCUGAUCAUCGCGACAGGAUCCAGUGAUAACUUCACUUGGGAGCAAGUUCGGAUGUGGCAAGCAAACUGCAGACGGAUGCAUAAUUUAGCAGACUGGAUUUCCGGGACAGUGAUGGGAGGCUGUGUGGGGAGGAGUAGGAUGGAUGGACAAGGGAGUGCCAGAAGCUCGACAAGGAGCAAAAAACGUGGAGGACGCAACGAGCCCCUCAAGAAGGAGCGUCCAAAGUGGAAGAGCGAGUACCCGAUGACGGAGGGCCAGCUGAGGAGUAAGAGGGAUGAGUUUUGGGACACGGCUCCGGCCUUUGAUGGACGGAAAGAGAUCUGGGAUGCACUCAGAGCAGCAGCGCUGGCUGCAGAGUGCAAUGACCUGGAGCUAGCACAGGCUAUAGUGGAUGGAGCCUGCAUCACUCUACCGCACGGCUCUCUCACAGAGAGUUAUGAUGAACUGGGCAACCGCUACCAGCUCCCAGCCUACACUUUAGCCCCGCCUGUCAACCUCAUCACUGAAACGUGCAGUGAGAGCAAGGUUUCUGAAUCCACACAAAAACAAGCUCAGGCCCCUCCGUGCAGACAAGAGUUCCAGCUGCGGGUGCGAUUGUCGACAGGGAAGGAUGUGCGUCUGACAGCCAGCAUGGCGGACUCCAUCGCUGAGCUCAAGAAGCAGUUGGAAGAGCAGGAAGAAAUAGACGUGACCCGCCAGAGGUGGUUCUUUUCCGGGAAGCUCCUGACUGACAAGACCCGUCUGCAAGAUGCCAAGAUCCAGAAGGACUUUGUCGUCCAAGUGAUUGUGAAUAUGAACCCUCCGGUCAUAGCUAACUGAGGAGUGAGACAGAGGGCUGUGGAGUGAAGAAAAUAUGAAGGACGUGCCAGAGAGGGGUGCAGGAGUGGGAGUAGGGCUUGAAAUCAUUUUCCUGUUGGUAUUGCAGUGGAAUUUUGUGUACAUUUUUUAUAAGAUAUUGCUUUUAUAUUGCUCCUUUUUGUAUUUUUUCCUUUUUCCAAAUGAAGUAAGAAUACUGAAAAGCACUGAAACACUUUAGAUGAAGAGUAGAGUCCUAACAUGCACAUCCCAGUGUCUGUCUGUCUGUCUGUCUGUCUGUCAGUGUGGACAUCAACUCACAGCUCUAUUGUUUACACGGCUCCCCUCCUUGUCAUGUGUGUUACUUGUGCUUAUUGAUAAACUGAAUAUGGGGAACCGGAUAAGGAAAAUCCAUUCUUUGUCUUUCUCUCUCUUUUUUUUUUUUUUUAAAGAUUUCUGUCAUGCUGUAUGAGAAGUAGUUUAAGGAUGGCAAAAAACUGUAGGGAAAAAGGAAAAUGUAAAUAUCAGUUUCCAUAUGUGUUGUUUAGUCAUGUAACUGUGCACACUACGUUUUCAAUUCACUGUAUAUUCAUAAUGAAGACACGGAAUGUAAUGAUGGCACCUUUCUGAAAGGUAAUAAGAGAUAAUUAGACCUGUUUUUUAUUUCAUCACUCAGAACAUGAUACAGCAGUCUUCUGUACAAUA